AAAUGAAUAACACUUUACUCCCAAAUUUAGAUGAUAAGCCUUAUUACCAUAUCUACGAGCCUUCGCUGAAAGAGACACUCAAUGCCAGUAGAGUUAUUUACAUUAUUGUGUUAGUCCAUGUGGAAUCACAAACCGAGUCUCUCUCUCCAAGUGAUGAGAAAUCUAUUUACAUUCAAAAUCUUAUCAUGAGGAUGUUCCCUGAAAUCCAGUUACGAUAACACAGUAUCCUGAUCUGCCAACAUUUGUAUACCAAAACAUACACGAUCUUCUUCAUGAAUUCAAAAUAAGUACCAUAUAGCUAUUGUUGCAAUCGUCCACUCUAAGUUCGUUGUUAUCCGAUCGGCUUUGGUUUGGUAUUGUGUUCAGGAGAGAAAUGUCCCAAACCUGAAUUGAAGGCGUUUAAAUUCAGUGACAAUACUCCGAGAUUGGAGGAGAAAUUGAACAACAAAUUGUCCAAACUUAUUUCCAUGGGGAAACACAAACAUGUCAAUCUGAUCUAACAGAAACAGCGUUUCGGGUUGGAAGAGUUCAAGAAACAUGUAACUGAGGCUCCAGAAACAGUUAUUGUGAAACCUCGUUCACAAUCAUAUUAUAAGGGAAGUUCAAAUUUCUUGAAACGACCCUAUAAAUUAUAAAAAUGGAUCCAUAAUUGAGUCACUACACAUAAUUCUUCAUCGUUGUCACCAAUCUUUGUAAGACCAACCAAAUCACAUCUGAACAGAAGACUCUCCUCAAAACUAGUCUCACACACAAAGAGGACAAAAUAUGUCGUGUUCUCAUUCAAAAUAGUGGUCCUGGAAAGUAUGCGUGAACCUUCACAUUAAUUAGGGAAAUGCAAUUACGAUAGGCAAUACUGGAAUAUUUGGAUGAAUAAAAUAAGGCAUUACAACGACGACGAUAACAUAAAUCCAAGACUGUGCAUUUUAUGAAGGAUGUUACAGACGAAGCCAAACAACAGAAUACGACGAACCAUAUGGAAUAAUCAAUCCCACAGCCCUUGGUUGGAGUUGGUGCAAUGAUUGAUAAACUUACAGAAUUGUUGAAUAGACAUAGUGACAAGCAUAAUCAACUUGUGCCAGAAGAUAAGGAUAAGUUAUUGCAAUUAUGCAAUUUGAUACUACAACUUACAGCUGAAUAAGAUGAUCCCAAUGGCUAGCAUGCAUUAAAUAUACGCGACAAUAAUAAAUUGACAGAAAUAAGUGAGAAGGAUGCUGAUUCUUGCGAAGAAGAUGUGUAUGACAAAAUGAAAAGACAGAUCAAUGACAUCUAUAAGGAAUUAAAGAAUAUAUUUACUGGCAACUUGCAUACCCAUCUACUCCUCAUGCAAGAAGACAUUUCAUAUGAAAAUUUGUAUUAAGUGCUCAAAUUCCUUCUUAAGAUUCUUGUCGAUGCUGAUGAGUUUACUUUUUUCAUUCAUCGAGACAAGGAUUGGGAAGUAUACACUUCAGCCAAUGAUUCAAUCAAAGAUAUCACUACUGAAGAAGCCUAAAAAGUAACCGAUGAAUUGACAUACAUCAGACCAUGUUAUAUCCACAGAGUCGAUCAAAAAUAGAAUCAAUACCCUCAAAUCCAAGAGACUUGCAAAUCUAACACUUAUGCACAAACAUCCCUCGUUAAAUUCUAAUUGCACAUUAAGAAUUAUGAAGUGCUCUUCUGUUUCCAUUGGACAGACAAGGACAAGAAGAACAUCAAACGAAAUUUCAUCAAGUAAUCAUCAUCAUCAUACUUUAGUUAUGCAAACAUCCAUGGAUUUAAUACAGAUGUCACUCAUUUGGCAUAGUUCUUGGUUGAAACUAUCAUAACUGCUAAAGUAUAAUUUUUCAAUCCCUUGCGCUUCGCUGAUCAAGUACAAGACAUAGGAAUUACCUUUAUGAGGGUUUCAAGAUUUUUAUUGAUAGAAGGCAUUAAAAAGGUUUUGAGUCAAAAAUAUGAUGUCGAAAAAGCAUAAUAGAAUUAACCUGAAGGUGUUGUGAAGAAAGACAAAGAUCUGCCUUCAUUAAAAAUAGAACUAAAAGAUUCAAAUCAACUUACCUUAAGAAUCAAUAACAUGGAUCUGAAAAAUGAACAAGAUCAAAAUCUGUACUCACUUGUAAAUAUUAUUUGCCAUAUCCUUUAGAUAAUCCAAGUGUUAGAGAGGUAUGAUGGAUACGUGAAGUUAUGUUAUGAAAAGUCAGCAUUUUACAAGUAUUUCCUCAGAACCACUGACUCCCUAUUGUUUGACUUUAAUAAGCAAGGAGAAUUAAUAUUCCUAAGUCGACCGAUUUCCAAGUCUUUGAAGUAAUAGAUAUAUCAAAUAACAAUAGACAAAAGCACAAUAUCAACUUUGAUCCAAAAGCAAUUCUAUACAAUAAAAUUACGUAUCAGGAUAUUUUCGCUUAAAACAGUAUUAUCUCCAAUAUUGAGGUGAAUAUUUAGAAUAUUCAUGAAAAUAGGCAAAAUCAAUAUUUGAGCAAUCUCGAAAUCCCUCAAUUUGAAAUAUUUCUUAAAGUGAUUGAUAAUGACUUCAAAGGAUUCACAGUUAUAUUCCACGAAAAUGAGGCCAGAAGACUUAAACAUUACUUUAUGACUCUGAAAAUGGACAGCAUGACUAAUGAUGUGUAGAAGGAAGCUGAAGUCAAUAAAUCAUUUGAGGAGGAUAUCCAAAGACAAAUAUUAAUACAAUACAACAAACACCAAACCUUUAAGUUUCUAAAUUAGUUAGACGAAACACAAGAUGUAGCGAAUUCGAUGAUUGCUCUAUUCAUUCCUGAAAAUGAGUUGCAAUAAAUUAGACAUCGUAAACCUGAUGUAAAGGGUACUGAAUCGUAAACUAAAGAUAUGCUAAUUGGCUAAUGGGUUAUUCCUCCAUAAAAAAAGAAGAAGAUUAGUUCAAGUGUGUAUAUCAAAUAUCAGCAACAAUUAGAGUAAGUUGAUGUAAAUUAAUUUAAAAUCCUUGAGAGAGAUUCUCAAUUGGAUUUGUUUGAAUUCAAUAUUUUGGCUUUGGAUUCCUCACAAGAAAAGCAUAGAUUAGUCUACAGUAUUCUGGAGAAGAACGGAUUCAUAGCCUAAUAUCAAAUGAAUAAUUUGUGUCUAGCUUAGUUUCUAAGUGUUCUCUAAAAGAAGUACAAUAAGAAAAAUAAUUCAUUUCACAAUUAUGAUCAUGGUAUAUCUGUUAUGUAGAGUGCUCAUUUCAUGUUAUAAUGCGGAAAGGCCAAAUAAUUUAUUGAUGAUUUCAGAAGGAUGGCCACCAUUAUCUCUGGUCUGUGUCAUGAUGUUUCACACACUGGCAGAACCAAUAUGUUCAUGAUCAACAGCUAGUCUAAAUUGGCCACCAGAUACCAUGAUGCUAGUGUAAGAAUCGAACUAUUCUUUAGCCUCUUGAACAACAUCAUGCAGCCACCACAAUAUUCAUGUUGAAAGAUUAAUCACUCAAUUUCUUAAGCAACCUAACCAAAGAAUAGCAUCAACAAUUCAGACGCAUUCUCAUCGACAACAUUCUAUACACAGAUAUCAAGGUCCAUUUUACUCUCUUGAAAGAUUUUGAAAGCAGAAUCAAGGAAGAUGUGGCAAAGCCAUUUGGAACUGGAGAUGAUGAUCUUAAACUAUUAACUGGUAUGAUUAUUCAUACCGCUGAUUUCAAUGGAGGAGCAAAAGUUUUUGAAAUCUCAAGAAUUUGGUCUGAAAGAGUGAACAAAGAAUUUAGUGCUCAAUAUGAAGAAGAGGGCAGAUUGGGCAUUCCAUAAACACCUUUCUUAAAAGAUUUGGAUAAAAUAUACAUCAUGGCCAAAUCUGAAAUGGGAUUCUUUAAAGUUAUAGUACGACCUUUGUGGUUUACUCUAAAUGCCUUUUUUGUAAAUUAUUAAUAUUAUUCUAAUAGGAUGGUCAUUUGCACCAGAGUAUAACCAAUCUUGAUAAUACUAUAAUUAGUUGGGAAAAGAUCUAUCACGCCAAUCUACCAAAAGAAGAAAGACUAUAAUAAUCAUGA